AUGUUAACGGACUCACUACUUGAUGUAUUGAGGGGCUUCGCUUCGUUAUGUCCGUCUCGCCUGCAACAACCACCGCUGGUCGGCUUCAAAGAAUUCCAUGACUUCCUCCUGCAUUCAAUACUGUUGAACCCACAUUUCCAGCAAUAUCCGCCAUCCAAGCAAUACCAGGCGUCGUUCUGGAAAUGGGCGAUAGGCCUCCUCGAGAGACUUGUCACCGAAGAGAGAGCUGAGCCGUCGCGCAAGGAGGACGAGAUUGACGGGCGCAUAUACGAGCGCAUGACGUCUCUCGUAAUACGGCCGUCCGUAGGCAAGGUUUCGGGGCUAGAUCCUCCGGAGGAGAGCUACGUGACAUACAUUUGGAAGACGGAUCCGUCUGUAAGCGGGACGCUUGGUCCUGGACUCGCCAAUGCUACGCUCAUGGAGUCCCGCACCUUGAUCGAGAGCGGAACAACUGGCCUGAAGACCUGGACCGCUGCUCUGGUCCUAGCGCACUAUCUCACCGAGCAUCCAGAGCUCAUCCGAAAAAAACGUAUACUAGAACUAGGUAGUGGUGUGGGCUUCUUGGGCAUCGUGAUUGCGACUCUCCAACUCCAUUCCUGCGACAAUGAAGUCUCGGGGACGCGGGAUGCUCUAUUCUUGACCGAUGUCAAUGAUGCUGUCCUGCGGAGGUGCCAAGAGAACGUGAGACUACCAUGUAACAGGUCAUCUCAGCAUGCGAGCGUCGGCUUUCGCUCUCUUGAUUGGACCGAUGCCAUGGAUUCUGCGACUAGACCGGCAGUUCUCUCGGCGUUGUUGUGUGAUAUGGAUCCUGACGUGAUCGUCGGUGCCGAUGUUGUGUAUGACCCGGAUAUCAUCGCUCCGCUUGUCUGCACGCUAUCAACGGCGCUUGAGAGCGGAAAAUUAACUGGAAGCGGCGGUGCUGUGGCCUACAUCGCGUUGACCGUGAGAAAUGAAGAGACUCUAGCGCUGUUUCUAGAGGCAGCUGGUACGUAUAGCAGAGUUGUCUGA